AUCACUGUAUUUACCACAAUGAACAAUUCAAGCUUUUCUGUGUGACAGAUCAAAAACCAGUUUGUGUUAUCUGCAAAGAGGAAGAGACACACCGGGGACAUAAUUUUAAAACUUUGAAUGAUGCAUUCCAUGCCAAGAAGGUAAAUUCAAUGAGGUUAUUUUUUUUUUAAGUGAUUAACUGGUUUUGAAUUGAAUUUGCUACAGUGUUGUCUGAUAAAUUCCUUAGAAAAAGACAUCUGAGGCUCUGGAAACGUCGCUCAACGUAGAAAAUGUACUGGUCGAUUUGAUCAAUGAGCAGGCUGAAGAGAUUCUCAAAACAAUGGAAAAAUCCAAAGCACUGUCAGACCGGAUCUCUGCCCAGUUUAUGAAGCUGCACCAGUUCCUGAAUGACAAAGAGAGGGAGGUGAAGAAACAGCUAGAGGAGGAGGAAAAUGAAAUCCUGAGCAUAAUGGGAGCAAACAUGUUUACAAUGGAAGAAAUGUUGUCAGAUGGGGGAGAAAAACAAGGAAUGAUGAGGUCAGCUUUGGAGAUGAAUCGACCUAGCCAGUUCCUACAGUGGUGGAAUGAAAAUGGACGCUUUGUAAUUAGGGAAUUAUUCUCAUGCAAUUCAACGCACCUGACCCUGCAGGAUCUUAGUGUUGUACCUGACACCCUGUCUCUUGGUCCCUAUGAGACUUACCUGCAGUUCUUUGUGUGGAAAGAGAUGUUGAGAUUCAUCCAGCUAGUGCCUCAUCACCACACUGUGGAGGACAGGGGUGAUCAAAGCAUAAGCAUUUCUCCCAGUGGACUCUGUGUUCAGCCCAAGAAGGUUACAAAAAUCCAAAAAAACAAACCCAAUUCACUUUGGGUAAAGACAGUGUCCUCAUUUAACACAGGAAAUCACUUCUGGGAGUUGGAUGUGGGGAAGAAAGUGGACUGGGGUGUUGGAGUUUGUAGCUGUGAAUCAGGAAAAAUUGUCAAUGACACAGUACUUUGCUUCAACUCAGACUCUGGCUACCACAUCCAACAGACCCACGAUAUGGACAAAAGCACAAUAGCUCUUACAUCAGGGCCAAGGAAGAUAGGCGUGUACCUGGACUGUGAGAGAAAUCAGGUCUCGUUCUAUAAUGCUGACAGAAUGGUUCUCAUUGAUACUAGAGUCUUGUCACAACCACCACCCCACUCUCUCUGUCUCUCCCCUGGGCUUUACUUAGAUGGAAAGAACAGCGAUCCACUUACCGUUUGUUGGUAUUAAGACCAACAUGACGUCUAACUGUAAAAGAGCAAGACGCUGUAUCGUUAAAUAAUUAAAUUCCAUGGUUGAAAUAAAGGUAUUGUUUAUUAAACCUACUUUAUAGCACACUGUUGCUGAAUGCUCAGAUCUGAUUGGUUAGGGGGUGUGGUUAAUUUUCUAUAACAGCAGUCUGUUAUAGAAACAGCAGAAUUCCUCCCAGCAAGUUUACAUUAAUUUGCUAAGACAUUCUAUUACAUGAUCAUUUCUAUAGUGACUGAUAUACUAACUGAUAAAAAUGACUGAUACAGUUAAGUACACCUAUCAGCCAUAACAUUAUGACCACUGACAGGUGAAGUGAAUAAUAUGAUUAUCUCGUUAAGAUAGCACCUGUCAAGUGUUGAGAUAUAUUAGGCAGCAAGUGACCAGUCGGUUCUCGAAGUUGAUGUGUUGGAAAUAGGAAAAAUGGGCAAGCGUAAGGAUUAGAGAGACUUUGACAAUGGCCAAAUUGUGAUGGCUAGAUGACUGGGUCAGAUCAUCUUUAAAACGGUAGGCUUUGUGGGGUGUCCCAGUAUGCAGUGGUUAGUACCUACCAAAAGUGGUCCAAGGAAGGACGACCGGUGAACUAGCGACAGGGUCAUGGGCGCUCAAGGCUCACUGAUGCGCGUGGGGAGUGAAGGCUAGUCCGUCUGGUCUGAUCCCACAGAAGAGCUACUGUGGCACAAAUUGCUGAAAAGUUAAUGAUGACUAUGAUAGAAAGGUGUCAGAACACACAGUGCAUGGCAGCUUGCUGCGUAUGGGGCUGUGUAGCCACAGACCUGUCAGAGUGCCAAUGCUGACCCCUGUCCACUGGUGAAAGUGUCUACAAUGGACAGGUGAGCAUCAGAACUGGACCACGGAGCAAUGGAAGAAGGUGGCCUGGUCCCAUAAAUCACAUUUUCUUUUACAUCACACUGGGUGCGUGUGCAUCAUUUACCUGGGGAAGAGAUGGCACCAGCAUGCACUAUGGGAAGAACGCAAGCUGGUGGAGGCAGUGUGAUGCUCUGGGCAAUGUUCUACUGGGAAACUUUGGGUCCUGGCAUUCAUGUGGAUGCUAUUUUGACACAUAACACCUACCUAAACAUUCAGGGAUCUAGUGGAGUCCAUGCCUCGACGGAUCAGGGCUGUUUUGGCAGCAAAAGGGGGACCAACACAAUAUUAGGCAGGUGGUCUAAUGUUAUGGCUGAUCGGUGUACAUUGCAAGUGAAAAUACUGUACCUUGAGUAUUUGCAAAUGUAUCUAUUAUUUCCUUUUAUAAGAUUUUCAUAAAUCAGAUAUAUGAUUAUGCAGCCUGUUUGUAGAUGCUUGUACUAAUUUCAAGCUUUAUUCAUUUGGUAGACAAUUUUGCUUCUUCAUGGAAAUACAUUCUCUAUAACAUUAAAUGCAACUUUAAAUAAAGAAAAGGUAGGGCAUGUCAUUAUUUUUUAAUAAUUAAUAAAAAGUUGUAAUCUUUGGAAAAUUGCUUCAUAUCUUCAUAUCACAGCAUCCUGUCAUUGAUUAUUUUCCAGCACAUCUUAUAGUUUUUUUUAUACAUUGCAUAUGUGCAAAUCUUAAUGUAAAUUCUGUUUAUUGCUUGCUACUGUAUAAUUGUAUUUUUUUUUCUUUGUCUUUAAAGUAUUUUAUUAGGUACAUUAUUUUGUAAAAUGUAUUUAUA